UAGUAUGUCAUUCUCCAAAAAAAAAAAAAAAAAAAAAGAUAGAGACACCCAGAAUAACCGUUCAAAUUUAGCAAGAAAGGUAAACAGUUCGACGGGAAGGCAAGAAAAGGCGCAGGAUCCUUAAACAUUUGGGCCCAAAAGGCCACGCAUUUAGUCUUUACGAUCUCAUACAAUGUGACGAUCACAUUCAAUCCGGAAAAUCUUUUAUCUCGGAAGUUCAGAUCUCUCGGCCGUCUUCCACACCAUGGACUCAGGAUCCGUCCACAGCGAGAAUCCGGUCCAAGCUGAGCAAGACACCCACACUCAAGGAGGUAAACUCAAAGAGAAACCCACUGACCACCAGGGCAAGUAUAAGGACCUAAAAAUCUACAUAGAAGAGAAAGAACUCAUAGGGGUAGAACCCAAAGAGAUAUACAAAUUCCACCUGGGACCAGAUGACGAGAAUCUAACCCUGCGGAUUGAUAAGGACCUGUUGAUCCAUAUUCAAGGAAAAGAAGUCAGGGUUGUACAACUCAAAGAGAAAUUUAGACGCCCCAUAGGAUCAUCCUGGCAGGGCGAGAAUCCAGCCCAGCAGAUCAAUAACGAGAUCCAUAAUCCAGAUUUGUUUUAUGCUUUUGCAAAUCAUCCGGCAAAGAGGUUCCGUUUUGCAGAUGAUGAUGAUGAUACUGACCUGUGUCACACAUCUGCACUGGACUUAUGACGCAGAUGGUCCAAAGAUCAAGGUUCGUAAGCUGUCAUAGUAUGAUCAGCGCCUCUGUUGUUUUAGGGUAGGUUUGUUUUGACCUGCUUUUUAUAAAAGCUUGAUCUAUUUCUUCUUCUGUUCUGUGCUGUAAGAAUGUCAACAAUUAUGUUGUUCUGUGUCAACUGUAAAUUUGUAACAGCAGUUGCAUUUUGACUA